UGGAAUUCAGGCCUCACGGUUUCAUCAAUGGCCUCCCUACCGUCUCCUCCAGUGUUGGUCGAGUCCUUUUACCAGGAAGCACCCCCUCAGGGGUCUUCCGUGACCUUGCCAUCGCCAACAGUCGGUGAUUUUCCGACAUCGGGUCGAACAACUCCCGUUCUCGCUCACGAGAGCUCAGAAGCUCUUAUACAGGGUUUCAAAUUCAGCUGAGGAGGUGCCUGUUCUGAUAGCCAAGGAGUUUAUGUGCAGGAUGAUAAAUGGGCGUCACAGGCAUUGUAUAUAGUAACCUUCAUUUAUCUUGCAUUCGGUUGAUGAAUUAUAUUGUUGUACUGUAAUUUUUUACUCGAUCACCAUUAUACAUCUGAUCGAUGAUUGGCCUCGUUGAUUUUUGCUGCUUCCUACCAUCAUGGAGGCCAACGAUGAGCUCGUUAGCAGUCUUCCUAUCCGUUUUUCCGACCGACUUCCUUUGCAAAUUCACCAGUUUCCUUUGCUUUCUCAACCCCUCCAGCCGCCGCCCUCUGCUGUUGCUAGUGGAAAGCGAAUCAGGGCCCGCAUAAAACCCUCUGUUCGUCGUUUGGAAGUUCACGUACCUGCUGAUACACGACCGGACGUCUGGAAUGGCGAUCGAGGACGGGACCUCGGUGUAGCACAGCUUGAGGAUGAUCGUGAAAAAAAUCAAGGACCGAAUGGCAAGGGAGAGGAAGAACCGCGCUUGUCAGAAAUUCGCUUGCGGAGUGAACAGGUUGCUCAGAAUGGUGCACAUAUGCUGGGAAUCGUUAGAGACGGCGAGCUCCAUCUUCAUCCAGUUUCCGAAACACAUCAGUUCAGGCCUACAUUGACAUACUUGGACCUCUUGUCACAAAAAAAUCGGCGCCGCGGAGGGCUGGGCUCUGACUCCGACUCUGACUCCGGACCACCACCAGAUCCUGACGAUCCGACACCUGUUACACCUAUGAAGAAAGAGAAAAAGGCUUCAAGUGAAGCGAAGGAAGUGCAAGUAUCCGCAAGAAAGGCUGAUGAAAAGGGGGGAAUGCAACCAUUCCAGGGUGGGCUUUCGACGGUCAGACGCGAGAUGUUGCAAGCUAUUAGGGCAGAGGAAGACGAAUCCUGGGAAGAUUUGCAGUACAAGGACGCGGCAACUGAGGAUGCUGAGGAUGCAUUCGAGGGUGUAUUCUCUCAAUAUGCCGAUGAUCUGGAAUGUCGUACUGAUGUAACAGCAUUUUUAAAAAAUAUACGAGGGCUUUGAUUUGGACUCUAUCGUCUGUCCGGUACUUGCCACCGGCAGAUUCGAGCUUGGGAAAU